CCCCCACCUCCUCACCUCCUUUCUUCUCUUCCUGCUUUCUCCCUCUCUCAAACACCCCGCACCCCGUUUUGCAGAUGCAUAGGAUAUUGGCCAUAGUUGUUUGGUGUUUUCUGCAAGUGGAAGGCAGGCAUCCAGAAAUCGUCCCUGGGAGCAGCAACAAUGGCAAUUUCUUGGACAACGACAAAUGGCUGAGCACUGUUUCCCAAUACGACAAAGAUAAAUAUUGGAAUAAGUUCAGAGAUGAAGUUGAGGAUGAUUAUUUCAGAAACUGGAAUCCAAACAAGCCUUUUGAUCAAGCUCUUGAUCCUUCCAAAGACCCAUGUUUGAAGGUAAAGUGCAGCCCACAUAAAGUGUGUGUCACUCAUGACUACGAGACAGCCAUUUGUGUAAGUCGCAAACAACUGGUACACAGUCUUCGGCAAAAGAAAGGAAACCUUCCCCAGAGACACUGGAAUGGACCAGCUAACUUAGUAAAAUGCAAGCCAUGCCCUCUGAUGCAUGCCAGUGCGGUUUGCGGCUCCGAUGGACAUACUUACACAACCAAGUGCAAGUUGGAGUUUCAUGCCUGCACAUCUGGCAAAAACAUUGCAGCUCGCUGUGAAGGGCCUUGUCCAUGCCUUCCAGGCCAGGAAAGUCUAAAGCACAAGGCCGAGAAAACUGCUUGCACAGACAAGGAGCUGAGGACCCUUGCAUCCCGCCUAAAAGACUGGUUUGGUGCUCUUCAUGAAGAUGCAAAUCGUGUCAUCAAGCCAACCAGCUCGGAUUCAGCACAAGGCAGAUUUGACACUAGCAUAUUACCAAUCUGCAAGGAUUCGUUGGGCUGGAUGUUCAACAAACUGGAUAUGAACUAUGACCUUCUCCUCGAUCACUCAGAGAUCAAUGCCAUUUAUCUUGAUAAAUAUGAGCCAUGCAUUAAACCGCUCUUCAACUCCUGUGACUCCUUCAAAGAUGGAAAGCUUUCGAACAACGAAUGGUGCUACUGCUUUCAGAAGCCUGGAGGUCUCCCUUGCCAGAAUGAGAUGAACAGAAUUCAAAAGCUGGGCAAGGGGAAGAGCCUGAUGGGAACUUUCAUUCCACGGUGCAAUGAGGAAGGAUAUUACAAAGCAACUCAGUGUCAUGGAAGUACUGGGCAAUGUUGGUGUGUUGAUAAGUAUGGAAAUGAGAUAGCCGGCUCAAGAAAGCAAGGGACUGUUAGCUGUGAAGAGGAGCAAGAAACCUCAGGGGAUUUCGGUAGUGGUGGAUCAGUGAUAUUAUUGGAUGAUCUGGAAGAGGAACAUGAAGCAGCAAAAAAGGACCAAGAAGGGAAACAGAAGAUCCAUGUAAGAGCAGCUAAUGAUGAUGAUGAAGACGAAGAUGACGACAAGGAGGAUGAAAUUGGCUAUAUAUGGUAGUUCCCAUAACUCUGAGGACUCAUGUUUUGCACAAUAUCACAAGUCAUUUCGUAUCUCUGCAAUGGUAACUGAAACAUCAGGCAUUGCAUAUGGAGCUCAAUCUAAACCCAUUUGGGCAUUCCAAUAUGCACACAGGUAUCCCUUACAAUUGAGCUUCCCUUUCACUUUACUGCUGGGCUUACUCCACAAGCACAAUGGAGAUGAGCAUGCAGAGCUGAACCUGACAUUGAAGUGAACUGGGAAGACCUUUCACAUGUGGGAGCUCCUUGCACAUGUGGGACUUGGCACACUCAUGUGCAUUGGAGCUCUUGUGGCCAGCAAACUGCUGGAUGGAAGCAAUUACCUGUAU